CAGGAAAAAAAAUUAUGAUAGUAUAUCUGCAGGAGCGAUUGACUGAUGACUAGUGGAGUCCAAGGCUUUCCUCAGGCAGUAGGUCCCUUCUGCUCUGCUGACGAAGUUGUGGCUCCUCCACAGCGCCUGCUGAAGAAGUCGACAAGCUAACCUUUCAGGAAGUGUGGUGAUGGACCAACACCUGUACACUACAAAGGGGCCAAAGCCCACUGUGCUUUGGCUUCCAGGUAAUGGAAGAAGCAUUUCCCCUAAUCUGAACUCUUAUCGUGCCUUUGAUCAUAUCUUCCGCACCGUCCACGUACACGAAGCUCUUGAAAUCUGCAUGGAUCAGAAGAUGAUACCUAAAUACAUUAUAAGCCUCAGCAGUCUUAACAGGAAAUUCCUGAAACACAAUCAUCCUUGUAAGAAUCUGCGCGUUCUUUGGUUCGGUACUAAUCAUCCAGAAGCUGACGAAGAGGAGCACAACUGGUAUGGAAAUGUAGAGUUCAGACUCCCAGUUGACCUUCUGUUGAAACACUGGAAGUAUUGCUUCUUGGUGGAGAUAAUGUCCGCUCCGACUCACACUGCCACACGUCUGCUUCUCACUAACAAGGAUUACUCUGCUGUGCUCUCCAAGUACGACCCUUAUACUCCUGGAGGUCCCUGGCUCAAGACCACCGAAGGUCACCUGGGAUUAACCGAUUGCUUGAGGUACAACAACAUUGGAUACAACAGACAUGGUAACACUUUGGAAUUUAUGAUCGAGGUCACAGCCUAUGGUCAGGAGAAAAUCUUAGAAAACUGUGAAAUCUCUUUCGUGAAUCACUCGGAGGCGAAAGACAAGAGCCGUCCCCAUGUGUGUCAUCGAUUCCAAAAAUCAGAGAACGGUUGCCCUUCGCCCUUCGCCAGGGCUCUUGGCUCCAGGAUAUUUUUUCACGAACAUACACGUCUGGCAAGGUUCUCUAGAAUCGCCAAGCCUCGCCUUACCCAGAGCUCAGAGUAUUACCUGCAGCGGUAUUUCACCAUGGAUGGAGCUCUCUCAGUACCAAAGCGUAACCUUAUUCCUCCCAUCAUUAUUGUAAGCCCAACUCCUCUCCUGAACUUCAAGCAUCAAAUAUCACAAAUUCUCCUGCAAUAUCCUGACGGACUUCUCUAUGGCUGCAGACAGUUAAAUGAGAGCUGCUUGGCGAUGGGUCCAUUGAGUCGUAUGCAGGUUUCGGAUUUGCAAUACAUUCUCGCUGUUGAGUUUAACAAAAAACUAGAUGAAAAUACUGAAAACGGUGAGAAGAAAGUUCAGUCCUGCGAGCUUCUGGAGGAUGUUCCCCCAACUCUGGGAACUCACAGUGAUACAUUUAAUGGUCUAUGUUUUCCAGGAAAAUGUCAACAUCCAUGGCCAAAUUACUCUGGAAACACGGAGGAUAUGUUUUCAGUUCCUCCCCCUCCGCUUGGAAUGCCACAGCACAACAGCUGCCCUGUUUUAUUCCAGCACAGCUGGGGACAUAUUUAUCCUGGGAUGUUGCAUAAUAAUAAUAGCCAUAUUCAGCAAGUACCUUGCCAGAAUACUUGGGCUUCAGGCCAUCCAGGAGUGUUCCACAACAGCCGAGUAUAGGCCUAGUCUGCAUUUUAUAUCACGUCAAGACUAUGAUUUCUCCGGAUUCUUCAGUGUUGAUAUAAUAAACUUUGAGAAUACUCGUCCUCCACAGUGGUUUGCUGACCUUUUCCUUUCGUGAGGAGACCACAGUGCUCAGUAAACCACGGAUAUCAGCGGGGAAAACUUUGGUGCCAAAAAUCCUUCUGUUUAUGUAACUUUUUAAAUGUUUAGUACAAUGUGAUCAAUGAUGUCUGAUACCCUGAAAACCACAAUAUAUAUAUAUAUAUAUAUAUAUAUAUAUAUAUAUAUAUAUAUAUAUAUAUAUAUAUAUAUAUAUAUUAUAUAUAUAUAUAUAUAUAUAUAUAUAUAUAUAUAUAUAUAUAUAUAUAUAUAUAUAUCAAGAAUCUUUAUAAUUGUAUUAAUUGUUUCAUAUUGAUUAAAGCUUACAAGUAAUUAGUUAUUCAUAUAGCUUAUGUCCAUGUAAAUUUUUAUAAGUUUUUAAAUCAAUUUUGAGUGUAAGCUUAAAUUAAUUGAUAAAUUAUUACAUUUUUUAUAUCCUUCAAAAUCAUAUAUUUUUAUAUAAUGGCUUUUGUAAUGUAUUUGUGUGUAUAUAUGUGAACAUCAUAAUUUUAUAUAUAUUUUGUUUAACUUCAUUAUAUAAUUACAUUUUUUAAUUACAUUAAUUACAUCAGGAAAGCUACUCAUGCAACCAAUAGCUUUAUGUUGAUAUUGAACAUAUUAAGAAAAAUAACACAUAUAUUUAUUAAACAAGUCUAUGAGUUACGUGUUUCUUUGCUCUAAAUCCAACACAUAUAUCUUUUAUCUAGUGUUUAAAAUAGGUAUUUUAAAGUGAUAUAGGAAUCCCGUAAUAUAUAUACCUAUACUAAUGUUACUGUUGAUGAGAGAGGCGUCAGAAAGCUUCAAAUCACAGCAUUAUUUUAUAAACAAAAAAUAAGAAAUGGAAAGCUCAGAUUUGAUUUAAAACAGUCUGUAGUGAAUUAUCAAUGUGUUUGUAGUCAUUUAUUAUUUAAAGUAUCUUAUGUGUUGCGUCAUAAUUCAGCCCAUCCUUUUAAAUUUAAGUACAUAUAGUAACUAUUUUGUGGAAAGUACCAAAAUAUAACGAUUGACCACCAGAAAGUUGACUUUUUUUGUAUUACUGAAUUUGGACAAACCGGAAAAAUUUUUCAACAUCAACAUGUAUGACCUAACCUAGGAUCUCCAAGGCCUAAUACUUACGCCUAAUACAGUGCAUAUAUGAGCUAUACUAGGCCUAGUAUAAGCUUGGUUUGUAGCUAUACUUUCACUGGACUUUAUAAAAUGAACAGUACAAGAAGUGGUUUAUUGAUGGUUCCUCACUACAUAUCAGUAGCUUCGACCAAAUAGUUGCUGUAAGUACUAUCAAUUCAGGAGAAUGGGUUGCAUAAUUAAACUGUAAAUUGAAGUGUUGUUAAGGCAUCAAGUGGGCACCUUGCAUUUCACUCACUGUAAUCAUUAAGACAAAGCCUGACAGUAGGAAGCAGAAAAUGUGAGGAAGUUUCCACAGACAUUGAGUACAAGUUCUGGCCAGCCUUCUGAGGCCAGCACUGGCAGGCCUACUUGCGUUAGCUACUGCCAGCCUUUCUGCUUACGUUAGCUCCUGCCAGCCUGCCUUAGCUCUGGCCAACCUGCUUGCCUACAUUAGCUCUGGCCAACCUGCUUGCCUACGUUAGCUCUGGCCAACCUGCCUGCCUACGUUAGCUCUAGCCAACCUGCUUGCCUACGUUAGCUCUGGCCAACCUGCUUGCCUACGUUAGCUUUGGCCAACCUGCUUGCCUACAUUAGCUCUGGCCAACUUGCUUGCCUACAUUAGCUCUGGCCAACCUGCCUUAGCUCUGGCCAACCUGC